AGGGGGGUCCCCAGGACCGGGUUUGAGAGCCACUGCUUUAGAAGAAGACUUGAACUUCUUAGAAGGCUGAAACUAAUAGAAAGAACAUGGGCACAGCAUAGAGCAUGCAUGCAUGUGUUUACCAAGGUUAAGCAUCAGAACAAAGCCUUGGUAGUGAUUAAUUAUAUUCUGUGAUGCAUAAUACCCCCACCCUCAUCCUCCCUUCCUUUUAGCCUGGUGACCACUGUAUGAAUCACGUAAGUGGCAUUUAGUGGUUUUGUCAUUGUUCUCUGAGACAGAACUUUAGAAGUGCUUCCCUAAAAAACUGGCUCAUUGCCCUGGUAACCAGCUCCGUAGUUUGCUGUAUUUAAGGACUAACACUCAGAAGAAGUCUUGUGAAGUCCUGAAAGGCUGUUUGGCUGCUGAGAGGUCUGGAUCUGCUCUGCUUGUCCGUACACAUAUUUCACUUUCUACUUCCUACCAUGUGUUUUCGGGGAUGUGCAAAGUGUCUUGGUUACUCCUUGAUACCACUGGCAGUAUGCUGCAUUGUUGCCAAUAUUUUACUUUAUUUUCCAAAUGGAGAAACUAAGUAUGCCAACAACAAUAACCUGACUAACUUUGUGUGGUUUUUUCAUGGAAUAGUGGGAGCGGGUGUUCUGAUGUUCCUGCCUGCUGCAGUUUUUAUCAGACUGGAGCAUGACAACUGCGCCGGGUGCUGUGGAAGUGUUGCUUGCGGGGAAAGAUGUGCGAUGCUGUCCUCUGUCUUGGUGGCCCUGAUUGGAUUAGCUGGAUCUGGGUACUGCUUUAUAAUUUCUGCUCUGGCUCUGCAAGAAGGCCCAUACUGCAUGACAGGAACCACGUGGGAGUACCCUUUUGCAAAUGGAAACGGAGGGUACCUAAAAGACCACAAUUUGUGGACCAGAUGCCUAGAGCCUGCACAUGUGGUGGAGUGGAACGUCACUCUGUUCUCUAUCCUGUUGACCCUCAGUGGAGUGCAAGUCAUCAUCUGUGUAGUGCAGAUCAUCAACGGCAUGAUUGGAGGAAUCUGUGGACCCUGCUGCUGUGGGCAGGAGUACAGCAUGAAGGCAUAAAUGUAGAAACGCAAAGAGACUUAAUGUAUUUAAGGAAAAAAAAAAAGUCUGUUUCCUGGUCAUUUGUCACUCAAAUACAGUUCAUAAGAAAUUUUGUGGCCGUCCGUAAAAGAUAAAUCCCGAUCACAUGUCCAUAGCUGUCUGCAUGGUCCCAGUCCCUUCUGCCAUGAAUGCUCUUCAUGGAUGACUCCAAAUUCCAAGUGAAUUUAUAAUGAAAGAAUUGCUUAUUUUCUUUCAGAAGUAAUGAUAUAUAAAUUCCAGCCACUUAUUUUUUUAUUAUUAUUUAUUUCUUAGCAAACACCCAGGGCAACUUACAAUUGUUACAAGACAUCACAUUAUUUUUACAUACAAUUAUAUUAUUUUUUUUUUACAUACAAGUACCCAUUUAUACAGUUGGGUUUUUACUGGAGCAAUCUAGGUAAAGUACCUUGCUCAAGGGUACAGCAGCAGUGUACCCCAUCUGGGAUUGAACCCACAACCCUCUAAUCAAGAGUCCAGAGCCCUAACCACUACUACAGUGGGGUUUACAGUAUAACCGCAGAUCUAAAUCCUGACAUAUUUAAACACUUGAUUUUAAUAACUUCAAUUGAAUCAAUUGAAUUGAAUGCGGCCUGUGUCUUCUUGUCACAGGGAAUACUGAGUAGACUCUCUCAUUUAAACAGAGGGCAUGUCUUCUGUGUCUACUUUUGCAAUAUAACAGGAGUUACAGCUAAUGGACCCAGAAGCUAUAAUAAACAUACCUUUUUUUUUUGGUAGAGUAUUGUUUUUUUUAUAUUAAUAGUUACUGCAAAAAAGUAAAAAUGUUGAAAUAACAAGUCGGCAUGCUUAUUAUACUUGAAGAUAUGUACACUUAUAUGUAAGCUACAGUAUAUACAUUUUAUAUAGCAUAUAUAUAUUGCAAAUCACUUAUGUUUAUUAAUUAAGUAUUCCAUGUGUCUGUUGUUUUUUUCUUUUGAAUGCAGCUCUGUAGACUGCUGUAUAUAUUUAUUUAUUUUAUGCUAAAGGAAUUGUAUAUUUUUGCAUGACGAGGUGAGUUGUACCUGUUUAUUGUAAGCUGUAAAGAUAAAAGGUGUAUUAAUAAAAUGUUUGUAUGUUAA